AUGCAUUCAAAGCUCGACCUCCACAAGCACGUCUCCUGCGAGGACAUCAUUCUUCAACUCGACCAGUGCCAUAACCAGGGUAUCCUCCACCGGUACCUGGGCGGUUGCAACAAGCUCAAGAACGCCAUGAACGACUGCCUUCAGGCUGAGUUCGAUGUGAACCGCAAGAAGCACUUUGAGAACGCCAAAGAGAAGAGAAAGAAGCUGGAGAAGGCAUGGGAGGGCAUGGACGAGUAA